AUGAAUGGGGCCAUUGGAAUGAAAGGAAUUAAAGGAAUUAAAGGAGACAAUGGUACAAAUGGUUUAAAAGGAGACAGAGGAAAACGUGGUGAUAAUGGAAAGACUGGACGUCAUGGACCACGUGGAGCAGAUGGACUUCCUGGAAUUAAAGGACAUGUUGGUGAGAAAGGACCACCAGGAAUCAAAGGAGAACAAGGUCCUUCUGGUAUGGAAGGAUUGAAUGGGACAAAAGGCAUAAAAGGAAUUGUUGGAGAUAAUGGUACGACAGGAGAAAAGGUAAAAAAGGAGAUCUUGGAGAUAAAGGAAGCAAGGGGUAUUAAAGGAUGUAAAGGAUUUAAAGGUGAUGUUGGUCCACUUGGAGAAAAAGGAGACAAAGGAGGACCAAAUGGAACUAAAGGUUUUAAAGGAGAACCAGGAGACCGUGGUAAUGCUGGGAAGUUUGGUAACAUUGGAAUUCCUGGUCAAGUGGGAGCUAAAGGUCAUUCUGGUUUAAAGGGAAUGAAAGGUGAUCUAGGACCACCUGGAACAAGUGGAAUAAAGGGUGUACCUGGAGUAAAAGGUGGUCCUGGAGAUAUUGGAGAUAUGGGAGUAAAAGGCUACCAUGGUGAUAAAGGAGAACCAGGUCGUAAUGGAAAACCGGGACCUCAAGGAAAUAAUGGCAAUAAAGGUGAUAAAGGGGUCAAAGGAAUCCGAGGUCAGGUUGGCACAACUGGUCUAAUAGGACCUCGUGGAAAGACGGGAUUAAAAGGAGAUAUUGGACCACCAGGUCCUAAAGGAGAUAAGCCCAAUCCAGGAAAUAAAGGUGACUCUGGAGAGGCUGGAAUAAAUGGCAGUAAGGGAAAUCAAGGUUUUAAUGGGAAAACUGGAAAGUUUGGAUAUGUUGGUCCCAAAGGUAAAGAUGGUCAACCUGCCCCUCCUGGUGAAGUGGGAGACUUAGGUGAAAUGGUUUGUGUUACGUUUAUUAUCUACUGA